ACCCACUGAACUUUCUCACCAGCCUGGACAGCCAAAAAGGCCAAUAUGUGGCAGGGAAUGAUGGCGGGGGAAUGAGCCUAAUGGAACAGCCAGGAACUGCAGCCAGCCCCGUCCCCGGCAGCAUGUUCAGCUGGGUCAGCAAAGAUGCCCGCCGCAAGAAGGAGCCGGAGCUCUUCCAGACGGUGUCGGAGGGGCUGCGGCAGCUGUACGCGCAGAAGCUGCUGCCCCUGGAGGAGCACUACCGCUUCCACGAGUUCCACUCGCCCGCGCUGGAGGACGCUGACUUCGACAACAAGCCCAUGGUGCUCCUUGUGGGCCAGUACAGCACGGGCAAGACCACCUUCAUCCGGCACCUGAUCGAGCAGGACUUUCCGGGAAUGCGCAUCGGGCCCGAGCCCACCACCGACUCUUUCAUCGCAGUCAUGCACGGCCCCACCGAAGGCGUGGUGCCGGGCAACGCGCUCGUCGUCGACCCGCGGCGCCCCUUCCGCAAGCUCAACGCCUUCGGCAACGCCUUCCUCAACAGGUUCAUGUGCGCGCAACUGCCCAACCCGGUCCUGGACAGUAUCAGCAUCAUCGACACCCCCGGGAUCCUGUCUGGAGAGAAACAGCGCAUCAGCAGAGGGUACGACUUCGCGGCGGUUCUGGAGUGGUUCGCCGAGCGUGUGGACCGCAUCAUCCUGCUCUUCGACGCCCACAAGCUGGACAUCUCCGACGAGUUCUCCGAGGUCAUCAAGGCCCUCAAGAACCACGAGGACAAGAUCCGAGUGGUGCUGAACAAGGCGGACCAGAUCGAGACGCAGCAGCUGAUGCGGGUCUACGGGGCCCUCAUGUGGUCCCUGGGGAAGAUCAUCAACACCCCCGAGGUGGUCCGGGUCUACAUCGGCUCCUUCUGGUCCCACCCGCUCCUCAUCCCCGACAAUCGCAAGCUCUUUGAGGCCGAGGAGCAGGACCUCUUCAAAGACAUCCAGUCUCUGCCCCGAAACGCUGCCCUCAGGAAGCUCAAUGACCUGAUCAAGCGGGCGCGGCUGGCCAAGGUCCACGCCUACAUCAUCAGCUCCCUCAAGAAGGAGAUGCCCAAUGUCUUUGGUAAAGAGAGCAAAAAGAAAGAGCUGGUGAACAACCUGGGCGAGAUCUACCAAAAGAUCGAGCGGGAGCACCAGAUCUCCCCCGGCGACUUCCCAAGCCUCCGCAAGAUGCAGGAGCUCCUGCAGACUCAGGACUUCAGCAAGUUCCAGGCCUUGAAGCCCAAGCUGCUGGACACGGUGGACGACAUGCUGGCCAACGACAUCGCCCGGCUGAUGGUGAUGGUGCGCCAGGAGGAGUCCCUGAUGCCCUCCCAGGCUGUGAAGGGUGGCGCCUUCGAAGGCACCAUGAACGGGCCCUUUGGGCACGGCUACGGCGAGGGGGCCGGCGAGGGCAUCGAUGACGUGGAGUGGGUGGUGGGCAAGGACAAGCCCACCUACGAUGAGAUCUUCUACACCCUGUCGCCCGUCAACGGCAAGAUCACGGGCGCCAACGCCAAGAAGGAGAUGGUCAAGUCCAAGCUGCCCAACACGGUGCUGGGGAAGAUCUGGAAGCUGGCCGACGUGGACAAGGACGGGCUGCUGGACGACGAGGAGUUCGCCCUGGCCAACCACCUCAUCAAGGUCAAGCUGGAGGGCCACGAGCUGCCUGCCGACCUACCCCCGCACCUGGUCCCGCCCUCCAAGCGGAGGCACGAGUUGCCGUGACCCUGACCACCACGCCCGCCUGGCUGGGCAGAGGCUGGGGGGGGGGAGGGGCGCCAGUUCUUGAGCUCCAUAAAGACCGAGCGAUGUUCCCUCAGCUCUUGAAAAGGAAAACCGCCAUCUCUCUUUUUAAGGCUGUUCCUGGGCCCGGCAGGGAGGCGGGUGAUACUCGCAUGUGAAUGAUGGAAUUUUGUGCACAAGAACUAUGGAUAUUUUUAAUAUAUAACGUUAGAGGCAGCGUU